AUGUACCAAAAUAAUCUUGAAAGUCAAGUAUAACUGAUCCUCGCUUUCUGACUCACUCCCAACUCUUCCCGCGCCUUCACCUGCGGCUGAACUUCUAACGACGAUAUAGCCCACGGACUCAUAUUUCCCUCUGACAAUACUCAGAGCCUUUUCUUCGAGGCUCUUUACUGCACGCACUAUCAUCGCCCGCAGCAAUCUUGAAUACACACCGACCAGGUUCAUCUUUUGAGUGGUUUAAAUCAUGCGUGCAGUGCGUGGUCUGAAGGCUGCCUUAAAUGACUCCGGAAGGUUCAAAUUCAAGGAACCGGAGGCUGCUGUGGAUAGCAUCGUCAUCGGAGGAGGUGUCGUUGGUCUCGCAAUUGCGCGAAGACUGAUACAGCUCUUCCCGAGCAAGUCUACAUACCUCGUGGAACGACACAAUACUGUCGGUGAGGAGACGAGCUCGAGGAAUUCGGAAGUUAUACACUCGGGUCUCUACUACCCACCGGACUCGCUGAAGACCCGCUUAUGUCUUCGUGGUCGAGAUCUGCUGUACGAGCAUUGUGAAGCCAACGACAUCCCCUUCCGCCGCACCGGCAAACUCGUCGUAGGACACAAAGACCAACUCGACUACAUACAUGGCCUCUACGCAAAAGCCCAGAACCUCCGCUGGCCCGCCAGCUACGCGCGCAAAGCCGACCAGCACUUCGCCGGCAAAGGCCCCGUGCUCCCCGUCGAGCUCCUCUCCGGCGCACGAGCCCGCGAGCUGGAGCCCGACCUCUCGCCCGACAUCGCGGGCGCGCUCUGGGUCCCCGCCACGGGCAUCAUCGACAGCCACGAGCUGAUGCAGAGCCUCGAGCGCGACGUCGACGACGCGGAGAACGGCGCACUCGUCUACUCGACCGCCGUCACCCGCAUCGACCGGCUGCCCGGCGAGGGCUGGGUCGUGCAGACCGCGACUGCGGGCGCGGGGCCGGAGGAUGCCACCGCCCUCCUCGCGCGCACGGUCGUCAAUGCCGGCGGGUUGACUGCGCCGCUCAUUCUGAACGCUAUUGUGCCAGAGUCCGCGCGUAUCCCGAUGUACUUCGCCCGCGGGUCGUACGCGUCAUACAAGGGGCCCGGUGUCGCUGCCGUGCGGCACCUCAUCUAUCCCUGUCCUGAGGUCAACCAGGGCAAGGGCGCCGCCGCCUUCCAGUCGCUCGGCACCCACCUCACCAUGGACCUCGCCAACCGCAUCAAGUUCGGGCCCGACCUUGAGUGGCUGGACCCGCCGGUGGGCGAGGACGGGAUGGAGAGCGAAGACGCCGCGGACUUCUGGCAACGCCACCUCGUUCCGAACGACGCACGGAUGGACGAGAUGUACCAGGCGGUGACGCGGUACCUGCCCGGUGUCGAGCGCGAUGGGUUCCAGCCCGACUACGUGGGCAUUCGUCCCAAGAUCGCAGGUCCGGGGGCGGGGUUCCAGGAUUUUGUGAUCAGGGCGGAUUACCCGGGCGAGCAGGAGAAGGUGAACCCGAUGAUCAGCUUGCUUGGGAUCGAGAGCCCGGGGCUGACGUCGAGUCUGGCGCUUGCGGAGUAUGUGGUGGAUGGGGUGUUGAAAGGGGCGGAGCCAGCGAACUCGUGAGGGGCUGCGAAGCCGUGCAUAUGAUCUGUCGCCUCAUUUACGAGGGGGGCACAGCUUGCAAUGUUGUAAAGCAUAGUACAAUGAUUUGAGGAAGCAGCGAUACAAAGUGAU